CAACAACACGCCAACGGUCGAGAACAGGUUCAGAAGUAAGAGACUGACAUCUGACAACCAUGUUGAAAGGGGGCACCACCAAGGUGGCGCUGCCCAAGACAGGUGCCCAGGAUCGGGCACGGCUGACCUCGGCCCCCUCCUCCAACACAGGCAUGAAAACGUCCAGAUCCUCCAGCACCAUCUCGGCAGACCUUCGCCUCAGCAGGUUAAAGAGGGCGAGCAGUGAUGAUGCUUUGGCUAAGCCUGUUCUGGGAUCAGCGGCGGCAGCGUCUCGUAUGAAGAAGACGGUGACUACGGGAGCCAUCUCUGACCUGGCAGAUAACAGAACACGCAGCCAAUCAGGUGUCCAGUCAACCAAGAAGUCGGGGAUUCCUGCGCCCCGCGAGAUCCCUGCGUCCAUCUCCAGAGACCGCACCUCACUGCGGGACUCCCUCAGGACCUCCGGGUCUAAGAAGGUGAUUCCAAGUGCCAGCACCUCUAGCCUGUCCGCUCUAUCCAAGCAUUCUCGCAGCUCCACCAAGUCCAAAACGGAUGCGGAAAGUGCAGACAAGGCCCUCCUGGAGUGCCAGGUCAAAGAGCUGCUGGCGGAAGCCAAGGCCAAAGAGUUCGAGAUCAGCAAACUGAGAACGGAGCUCCAGCGCUUCAAAGCGAAAGGUUCCCCGUCUGAUUCCGGGACUCCGGAAGGACCAGGACCAGCGGAUGGGGAGAAGGGUCCUGCACAAGCGUCGGACUUGCAGGUGGCAGUGGAGGAGUUGAGGGAGAAGAAUGGGCGAUUCCAGCGCGAACUUGCCGCCCUGAGGGAGGAGAACCAGACACUGAAGGAGAAGCUCAUCUCCAUGGAGACCUUGGCUGUUUCCGGCAGCAUCAACACCACCAACCUCACCAAGCCCACUGUAAACGGCCUCCUUCCUGAGGGCACGGCCAACAGCGAUACGGGCAGGCUUGUCGCGGCCAACAGCAGCCCCCUCAAAACCUCAGUGUCCUCCAGCAGUGACAUCACCAAAGGUUCCCCGUCACCCUCCCCGGAUUCCUCUGAGUUUGAGAAAAUCCCGUCUCGCUCGGACUCAAUGGGCAGCAACGCAGGUGUUAGUAAGGGUGCAGCAGGAGGAGGAGGGGGAGGAGACGCAGGUACAGUGGGGAAAGAGCUGUCAGUAGAGUGUCUGACGGAGCGCAUCCAGCAGAUGGAGGAGAGUCAACACAGCACGGCGGAGGAGCUACAAGCCACGCUGCAGGAGCUAGCUGACCAGCAGCAAGUGGUUCAGGAGCUGACUGCGGAGAACGAGCGUUUGGCAGAGGAGAAGGGCCUCUUGCAGACCUCCCUGCAGCAGCAACGUGAGCGCGUGGAGCUUCUCGCCCAGAAAAACGAGGCUCUGCUCCAGAGACUGAGGGAGCAAGCUCAGAGCGAGGAGGCAGAGGCCACGCGCAACGCCCGCGCUGCGGAGCUGGAGCAGCGCUACUCCGACCUGGUGGAAAGCUCGCGUUUCGAGAGGGAAAAACUCGUGGACAUCCAACAGCAGUUGACGGGGAGUCUGCGUGCCCUGGAGAAGGAGCACCAGGAGGCGCAGGCGGCAGUGAAGAGUCUCAGGGAGGAGCAGGAACUCCUGCGGGGACGUCUGGAGCAGGAGCAGGAGGCCGGCGAGAAAGCGGCGCGAGCUGUAGGAGAGCAUCAGGUCGCCUUGGAGUCGCUGCGGGCGGAGAACGAUCGUCUGAAGGCCCAGGUGGAGUCAGAGAGGCAGAAGGUGGUGGAGCUGAAGGCGGUCCAGAGUGCCAGCGACAGCACGGAGCUGCAGGCCCUGCUGAAAACCGCUCACGCUGACAGAGACAGGCUGGAGCACUGCUGCACCCAGCUACGUCAGGAACUACAGCAGGCACGCGGUGAAACAGAGCGUGUUCAGAACACACUCACCAAGUUGGAGUCAGAGAAGCAGCAGCAGCGGGAGCGAGAGGAAAGACAGGAGGAGGAGUUGAAAGACAGCAUGCUCAGACUGGAAGAGACGAACAGAGAGGCAGAGAACCAGAUCAAGGACCUGAAGGAGACCAUCUUUGAGCUGGAGGACCAGGUGGAGCAACAGAGAGCUGUUCGACUACACACCAAUCAGACCAUUCUGGACCUAGAGAAUCAGAUCAAAAAACUGGAAGAGCAGAGAGCUGAGCAGGAGAAACAGAUGAAGGCCAUGAAUAAACAGAUGAAGGAGGAGACAGAGGAAUGGCGGCGUUUCCAGGCUGACUUACAGACGGCCGUGGUUGUGGCUAACGAUAUAAAAGUGGAGGCUCAGCAGGAGCUGCGCACACUGCGCAGACGGCUGCAGGAGGAACAGGAGCGCAGCACCAGACUGGCAACCGAGCUGGAGCAGCUACAAGGUGCCAGGUCGAGAGGGGAGGAGGGAACCCCGCCUGUCUCAGAUGGCAGCCCCCACUGGUGUGGAAUCUCCACGUCCCAGAAUGCAUCUCCCGCCGCCGUCGCCAAUGGAAACGGGAGCGGGAACACCACUCCCUCAGAGACCGGAGCCACCGUCAAAUCGCUCAUCAAGUCUUUUGAUACAGCCACACAGAAUGGCCCAGCCAACACGGUUCACACGAUGCACACGUCCCCUAGAAGCCCCCUGAGCGGAAUACCUGUCCGCACGGCCCCCGCCGCGGCCGUCUCGCCCAUUCAGAGGCAUUCUAUCAAACCCCUGUCGAAAACUUUGGAACGAAAGAUCAACCUCGGGGACUUCUCUCACCCAGAGGAGUUGAAGCCUUCCUCGCUGAUGAGGAAGAGUCCGUCUCUAGAGUCCGUCAUCAAAUCUCCCGCCACGCUAAGCAGCCGCGCGGCACACGCAUUCAGCCACAACAAAGCCAACAGCAAACUGAGUAUGGAAAGAACAGACCCUCUGGCUGCGCUGGCGCGUGAGUACGGCGGUUCCAAGAGGAAUGCUCUACUGAAGUGGUGCCAGAAGAAAACAGAGGGCUAUCCGAACAUAGAUGUGACUAAUUUCAGCAGUAGUUGGAGUGAUGGUCUGGCGUUCUGUGCCCUGCUGCACACAUACCUGCCUGCACAUAUCCCCUACCAGGAACUCAUCAGUCAAGACAAGGGGCGAAAUCUAACCCUGGCCUUCCAAGCUGCCGAGAGCGUCGGCAUCAAACCCUCACUGGACAUUGAGGAGCUGAUGCAGACGGACAGGCCCGACUGGCAGAGAGUGAUGCAGUACGUCUCGCAGAUCUAUAAGUAUUUCGAAACUUGA